AUGCCAUCACUUCGCGUAGGCAUUGUGGGAGCAGGAGGCGAGACCGGUGGCUCAAUCGUCAAUGGCUUGCUUGAGGCAGGAGACUUCGACGUCGUAGCCCUGGUCCGCCCGGCUUCAGCCUCGAAGCCAGCCAACACCGCUCUCAAACAGCGUGGCGUUGAGAUCCGACCGAUCGACCUCAGCGGCUCGCAAGAUGCCAUGGUCGACGCUCUCAAGGACCUCGAGGUCGUCAUCAGUGCCGUCAGCGCAGGAGAACAGCUUGCACAGAUCCCUCUCGCCACUGCUACCAAAGCCGCUGGGGUCAAGCGAUUCUUACCAUGUGCCUUCAUCACAGUCAUUCCACCAGGUGGCGUCCAGGGCCUCCGUGACGAAAAGGAACAUGUCUACAACCACAUCAAGCAGCUCUCCCUCCCCUACACUAUCGUAGACGUAGGCUGGUGGUACCAGAUCUCCUUCCCCGAGCUUCCCUCCGGCAAGAUCGACUACGCCAUCGGCUUUAAAGGCCAGACGAUAGCCGGAGACGGCAACGUACCCAACGCUAUAACCGAUCUCCGGGAUAUCGGCCGCUACGUCGCGAAGAUCAUCGUUGACGACCGAACGCUCAAUAAGUACGUUUUUGUGUACAACGAGCUCUGGAAGCCCAACGACAUCUACUCCCUCCUCGAGAAGCUGUCGGGAGAAAAGCUCGAGCGGAAGUACACCAGCCGCGAAACCUUUGAAGCACAAAUCAAGGACGCAGAUGAAAAGAUGGCGAAUGGAGCGACGGACUUCCUGACCCAUGUGCAGAAAGUGACAGCGCAGUAUCUCAUAUCGUGGGGUAUUCGAGGAGAUAAUACGCCGGAGUAUGCGAAGUACUUGGGUUAUCUGACGAGCAAGGACCUGUACCCGGACUUCAACUUCAAAGAUUAUGAGGAGUACAUCAAAGAAGUGCUGGACGGGAAAGCGAAAGGCGUGUAUGCAGAGUUGAGAGAGCUGCAAAAGCAGAUGUCUGCUGCCCAGAAGUAA